AUGAAGUGCCCUUUGGCGAGCAGUCCCACUGCAGCUGAGCUUCUUGAAGCCAGCAAAAAGCUAUACGUAAAAACUGACGUGCUGCAUGACAGCGAAAAAUCGCUGCCGUCUCCCUCAUUGGUCAUUCCUCAUAUCCCAUCGAAGCGAUCCGCGUUUCGAGUAGUCCGUGAACCACUUUCUCCACCGAAAAGUGAAUCAACUCCUCAGCGGAUCGCAAGGACUUCCCCAUCGGAGCAGCAUCUCCUGGUUGAAGCCGACACCCAAACCUCGCGCUCAAUGGUGGAACUAUCAACGGUGGAACCUGAGCAACCACGCCCAAAGCCACGACGAAAGGUACUGCUUAGCGAACCGACUCCUGAUGGACCACAAACUGCCGUCCAUAACCCGAUCUCUAUCGAGGCCUUGCAGAACUCACCAUUGGGAUACAGAAAGAAAGACCCAUCUGUGAUGUUCCCAGUGAUGGAUGAAUCCGAAAGAGAUUUCCUACAGGCUGCUGUACGCCUCACCUACUCGACUGAUGAUGAUGACAGUGCUCCAUCUUCACCAUCCGGUGGACAUCUCUCCGUUGAGAAAUCAUGUUUUCUCUCGUCACCAACCGUUGACAGCGGUCGACCAAACAGUGAUGACGAGGACCGAAGAACCCAGCCAUGCUCGACAAAGUCCCUCGAUGAUGGUUUCUUCGACUCAAGCCUAGUGAAGAAAGAUGAAGAAACCUCGUCCGAAGCGCUCACCUCCAUUUCAAAUCUGCAGAAGGAGGUCGGCGACUAUGCUACAGAAGAAGAAGAUCGUGGUCGUGACGUGAGCGUUCUGGAACGGAACGCACGAGUCAUGAGAUGGAUUCACGGCUGUGGAGUUCUGUCGUCGUAA